AUUUAGUCUCGUAUCGGUGCUUGCCUAGUACCUGGCGCCAUAUUUGCAGCCGUUCCCAGUACAGCACAGAGUUUCUCUGAAACAUGGCCACGAAGGAAAAAGAAUCUUUCAGCAUUAUCUACAGCUUUGGGAAGUAUUGGCAAUCUAGCUCAAGCAGUUGUCGUGGCAGAAGGCUCGAGAGAAGACAUUAAUGAAAACGCUGGUACUUCAAACGAAGCACUGGACGAUUGUGAGGAUUAUGAAUCCGAUGGACAUUAUGCAGUAGUGGAUGAAACUAUACUUCGUAGACGGAAGAGUCAAAGUGGCGACAAUGAUAACAGUACGAAUGUGGCAAGAACGCCCCCAGUGGAAGCAAUAUACUCGAAGGUCAACAAGAAACGAAAACCACAGGUACAUAUGAGGACAUUAGCAGCAGACGAUUGGUUUGUUUGGCGUACAACACUGGAAAAUUUUUUUGAAAAUCCAUAGAAGCUCAUAGAAUGGAAUUUGUAUGGACCUUCAUUGGAAAUAGAAUGGAUUUUGGUUAUCCAUAAUAAUUAAUAUUUCCAUACUAUGGCUAUAGUAUUGAAAUAGUAUGGAUUUGUAUGGAUUUGUAUGGAUAUGUAGUGGUGCAAUUGCAAGUAUGCAAUUGCAGUGCAGUAUGGAUUUCACUGUUUUUUUCCAGUGCAAACUGUUCUUGUCCAGUGAGCUCAUAUAUAUCUGGAGUAAGAACUUCCGUCAUUCGGCCCAUGAGAAAAGUGAAGCCAAGGUGUCAGUCAUUGACGUCCAAUAGCUCAGUUUUUAUACCAUUUUCCCAGCUAAGUCCAGUUUUUUCUAACGGACAGUAUCGCAGAUCCGAAAAUUGUCUUAAGGCAGACCUGAAAGAUAAAAAAGUGUCAUUCUGUGGAACUGAGAGGGGGGAGAAUGUUACAUAUAGGUUAAUGCACCGUGGUAGAGAAAUCCUUUUUAACGGCAAUCAGUUUUAGUCUGGGUAAGAUCACAUUGUACGCAUUAUUUCUCGUGUUUCACUCAUCGUUCAUAGUUCGGAAAUACUUAUUAAAAGGUUUACAUGACAGUUGAUUCAAAAGUUUUUCCGCUGUUACUAUAAUUUUCUGCACUAAACUAUUACUAUUAAUUUUUUAUGUAGUAUAUAUUCAUGUCAUUCACAUCGACAUUCCUUGCAUAAUAUUACCUUUGUCUGAACUUGCCUUGCAAAACCUUGAUUUACAGUAAACUUUAUUUUUGCAUCUAGGAAGAAGAAAAUCACUCCAGUAGCACUUCCGGCAGUGAGGAUGACAUAACAAGUGUUAGUGGUAUGGGUUCCGAAGAUGAAGACUCAAGCACAGCUGUUAAUCAAUCUGAUUCAAAAACGUAUCCUAAGAAACGAAACAGUAAAAAAAGGAGUGCCAAAGAUAAGUCAAAGAAGUAAGGAUCUAACAAAAUAUAAUUAGCCCGUAACGAAAAAAAUCUCUUGAACGACAAAAGUCCCGCCGAAGUUGAGGACAAAUUACAAACCAAAUUUCUGAAUUCGGGCGAAAACACCACAUUUGUGUUUAUUUCCUAAUGUAUAAAAAUGUGUAUAAUUAUUUGUUUUAGUUUUGCUUCUUAUUUUUUGUUUGUUUUUCUUUCGUUUCGUUUUAUUUUUGGAUGCUUUUUUUUAGUCAUCUUUCAUUCAAAUAUUUAACAAUUAUUCACUGAAGUGGGGGGUGAGUAAGUGCAAGGAUGUUCACCGAGACGCGAAGCGUUGAGAUGAAUAUCCUUGCACUGUUCACUGACACUGAUGUGCAUAUAAUUGUUUUAGCGUAUAUCACAACAACAAAAAAUGACCAAAAAACAAAGAAAAUAUUUUUAAAACAAUAUGUAUUGCAGCUUUCGCGAAUAUCAGUUGCAAUUUGUAAACAAAGCAGUAUUUACACGUGUUUGUUAAUUUUAUCAUUUUUAUUCAUUAGAAAAUAAUAAUGGACCGGCAGUCCUUGAAUAGUGCAAGGAUAUCCGGAACUGAUCAACCAAUCAAAUUGCUUGAAAAGCUCUAUACACCUCCGACGCAUAUGCUAACAUAUUUUAGGACUUCAGUCAAUCCUUCACUUUCGUUUCGAACAUCGAGAACGUCGACAGUGUCAUUUUAUUAUUAAUUAAAUCCGCGAAACCGAAUGAAAAAACCCUCCCAAACGUGUGCAACAAGAGUUUACGUAAAACAAGGUUCAGAUUACGGGCAUACCGGAACCAAUUGAAUUUUAAAGUUCUGGCCGGAAGCGGAACCGGAACCGGCCGGAACUGGGAAAAAGUUCCGGCCGGAACUGAUUUAUUAAGCCCUAUAUAAUCAUAUGUUACUUUGUCUGCUGCCGGACAGGCAGACACUUCAGGUCAUCUAGGAGAGAGCUCGCAAAUAUUAGAAUAAAAAGAUUGACAAACGUUAAACGUCAUAAUGAAGUGUUAAUAGUGUACAUUUUCCUUGUGUAGUCCGAAUUUCGUCCUACUUUGAACAUUUGUUAGACACAAAAACGUUUGAUAUUCUACCUCUCUGAAAACGAGAGAGUUCCGGUUCUAGCCUUGCAUUUUUUAUUAGUUCCGGCCGGAACCGGAACUCUAAAAAUUCCGGGUUUCGGCCGGAACUAAUCGGCCGGAACCGAGUUCCGGUGCACCCCUAGUUCAGAUAUCUACCGAUUACAACCUUGCAAUUAAGUGUCUAUCCCUCGUAAAAAGUAAAAUUUGAUUCCCUCAAAAGUAACUACUAAUAGGUUCAUUACCGUUCAUUAACCAGGUAUUCACCAAGAAAUAUUCCAGAGGAGGUGAAAGAAGAACCUGUCACUAAGACUGAUAUAAAUGACAAUAUGAUAAUGGCUAGUGCUGACUUUACUGAUGAUAUUAUGGAAGAACAAUACCCCGCAGACCUUGAAACCAAUUUGCCAAAUGAGUUUCUUCAGUCAAAUGAAGAUACACACGAUAGCACAACUCACAGCAUUGUCCACCCAACCCAAAGAAACUUUAACAAUCCUUCCCAGUUUGAGCGAGAACAAUUUAACGAAACUAAUCUAGAUAACUACAGUGAAGGGAGGUCACCAUCACUAUAUUCAAAAAGGGAUGAAAUACCCUUGGGUGCCUCCGCUUCUGAUCUUGCAAGUCAUUUGCCAGAUGUACCGCCAAUUGGUGAACGAAAAACGCCGAUCGGUAAAGGUAUAAGCACAGAAAGUAUUCAUUCGUAUAAAGAGAAAUGGCAUACGCUUGCUCAAUCGGCGACGAAUCGGGAAUUGAUAACAGAAUCUCACGACCAGGAAGGACAAAAACAAAAACACAGCAAAAAGCAGAGUAAACAAAAACAUGUCGAAGAAGAACAACAAUUAGUACAACAACAGCAGCAGCAAAAACAGCAACAUUUACCUGCCCAACAACGGCAAAAACGCCAGAAACAGUUUUCCCAGAGUGCACAGUUAGUACGACAACAAGUCGAAGUUGCUAACAAACUACGUGCAUUGUCAGUUCAAGGAUCCUAUGCGUUUGGAAAUGCAGAUUUAAGAGAUGGUAAUAUCUCAAGAGAAAAUACAUUUGUUUCCGAGACCCCUGCUGAUUCUCAAGGAAAUAGACAGGUACAGUAUUUUAUUGGCCUACUUUAACAUACGGAAUGCAUCAUUGCGUAGAAUAGAUGAUCGAUGUAAGAAGUUAGUAAUGUUUUAAAGCUGUUUAUAGAAACUAGUCACUAUCCAAUCCCAUUACAACUGACAUGUUGCAGCUGGGUUUUUUCCACUUUUUAUUUAUCCAGGAAAAUCAGAGGAUAACACCAUCAGAAACUGACAAUCCUGAAGUAAAAAGUAAGGAUGGUAGAAUAACGAAUCACGUAAUCUCUGAUGCGCAUAGCAGACAUUCAGAAAGAUAUGAAGAAAAUAAAGGACCAAAGAAGCGAAGUAGGAAGAGUAAUAGAAAGGUAAUACACGCUUGAAAAUACGUUACCUUGGUUAUAGAGUCUCCGAUUUGUCAUAUCUUGUUUAGUUCUCGAAAUAUUUAGACCGAAAUUAAUGAGUGUCUGCCAUCUUGGACUAAUUCUUGACCUCAUUAACUAUGGUUUUGAUAAUGUCAGGAGUUGGGUUAACCAUAUAAAACAAGUACAAAUGACCGAGUAACAAUCCAAACUUGUUUCAAAUGUUUUUAAUCAUUUCUAAAUUUCAGACAGCAACCAGAAACGAAGUUUUGGACCCAUAUUGAUCGCUUACUCUCAAGAUAAAAAUUAGCAUGACCCCUCUCUUGACGUAAGAUGCGUGUCCUCAAUAAUCCAAGAUGGCGAACAACUCGCUUUUUUUAUUCGAAAUAUGUUGAUAACUAAGCAAGAUAUAAACAAUCUAUAAUGGGGUUUAUAAUAGUUUUAAGAGUUCUUUCAUAUGAACUAAACUAAUUUUUAAUUGCCAAUGUCCUUUAAAUUUCGAAUGUCAGUCUUGAUUUGAAGUCAACCUGUUUAAAAAAAGUUUCGUAAUUCUUCCUCCCACUACAGCGGAGGGUUUCAAUGAAACUCGCAAAGACUGUACACACGGGCGAGGAUACUAAUUCCGCUUGGCUAUUUACACCGGGAAAGCUAGGAAAGGAAAUGCAUCAGGAAACCUUAAAGUUCAUCAAUAAUCGCGGGCGCGUCACUAUGUUUCGUGGGUGCACGGACUGGCUACCAUGGCCGCACAGAGAAAAUUGGAUCCUGGGGCAAAUGGGCUCUUUUCCAGAUUUUAGGACAAUUAGCAAGAUCAUCACCUUCGGUUCUGAAUGGUCAUAUAACAUUUUCAAUGCGUAUUUUGUGCUUAAAUAGUUCUGCGAGGUCCGGGGCAUUUUUCCCCGAGGAACGUUUGAAAUCUAGAGUCCCUAGAAUAGCAAUUCCUCCAUUAUGGGAGAGUAUUUAACUGUGGUUUCUCUGCAUAUUUUACUUAUCCUUGUUCGCUUGGCCAAUUGCCCUUAUUGCCCCUCCCCCCUCUGGGUGGCCCUGCAUGGCACCUCCCACUGAUCUCAAAAGUAUGGCGAAUUUCAGGAAUGGAUCUGUGAAAUGAAUGGCAUUUUUAGGUGUUAUUUGUGGAAUCACUAAUGACAAUAUAAUGAUUUUUGGUUUGCAUUAUUGCAUGAUCGAAUGUAUUCUGGUUCUCUUUAAUUGCACGCCUACUUUACAGUUCUGUGUAGCAAUUAGCAAGAAGCAACUUCUACUUUCCCAUCAUGAUUUUUAUUUACCCCAGGCAAACGCUAAGUUACGUCGCUAGGAGUCAAAGGAAAGGCCAUAAUUAUAAGAAACGUUAACUUAUAUUUUCAUUUUCAAAUUGUAAUUAAUACUCUUCUUUUCUUCCUUGUUUAUAUACGAAGGAAAAUAUACAUAGGGUACUGCAAGCAUUUAUUUCCUAAUUCACGUAGUUUCAUCUUUUGUAGAACGAGAUCCCUGCGUCUGUCCAAGAUAACCAAGGCGUUGAUAACUCACAGACGUCAACAUUACAACAAAUGUCAACGACAAUGGCGAAAGAAGCGUGUCGCAAACUUUAUCUUCAAGUUAAAACUCUUGAUCGAGAAAAGUCAGCUUUGGAAACUCUCAGUCAAUCUUUAAAUGAAGAAAAUACAACUUUGAAGAAAUUAAACGAAUCGCUUACGAAAAAUGUCGAUACGUCGAGCUCCGGUAUGUUAAGGAAUGACUUAGGCUACUUGCCAAAACACUAUUUGAGCGAACUCGUGCAGGUGCUUAUUUUUUGCCGAUGUUACGUAUAAAGGAUGUUACGUAUAAGGAACGGGAGAGAUUAACUGAUAAACGGAACAAUGGUAUAUCCUGUUUACUGAUCUGAUGAUAAAACUGGAAUGAACUUUGAAUAAAACUUGGGAUUGAAAUUUAAAUAAAACUUGAAGAGUUUUGUAGAUGAAAUUCUCGAGUGUGUAUUCGUAUUCGUGAACAAGUUAAAAUAAAUUAUAAUUGAACUUAAAGUUUUUGUAAAUUAGCAUGAUUUUGUAACAUAUAUAGAAACUCCUUCACGCUCAUGAUUUCUUUUGUGUUUUCAUCAUUAAUUACUGUAUUAACGAGUUUCACAAGUCGAGAUAGUGUAUUAAAUUAAUCUCCUGAUCAAUGGUUCUGCUGCUAGCAGUCAAAUUGAUGUACAUUUCUUUCUUUCACAGGUACUUCAAUUGGUCUGUUACAAAUACAGAUUGAAGAGCUAAGACAGGAAAAUAGCUUUUUGAAAGAUUCUGGUAAGCUUUAAUUAUAAGCUUAUAUGUAAAACCCGCAAACACCGGGUUUUAUACAGAUAAAAACUGCUGAAUAUUUAUUCAUCAAUUCAAUCGGAUUCGGAGGAACGGAAUCGUUAUAACAUAAGAUAAUAAGAUAGUAGGCCCUAUACUAAAGUUUGAUAAUGUUCUAAUAAUAUUCUCUUCUGCUUCUUCGUAUGUUUCUUAUUUCUCAGUUGGUCGAAUCUUGUGUUGUUUGAGUUUCUGUAGUCUUUCACUCGGUCUACGACCACUAACUAGAAUUGGGCUGGGUAGCUCCUUUUAAUAUUAUGCUUACAGUCGAGGGAAACUUUGUACAUGUGACUGAAAGGUGGGAUGAUGUUGAACGAACCAAUCAGCGUUCAAGGGUGUACUGUUGAACCCUCGUCCCAGCUCUCUACAUCUGUUUAUUUAAGGCGUUGUCGCACUUUCAAGUCAGUUAUAUGCUUGCUUGCUCAUACAAUACUUAGAAAUGUUCAAAACUCAACUAAUUUAACAUUAUGUUGUAGGAAAACUUUCGAACUAUUAGCAUAUGAACUUAGUUUUACGAUUAAUGCUGAAUUACAAACAGAAAACGCCAGAGUAAUAUUUGGUGACGUAGGCUAUAACAAUACCGCGCACCAACAUACAACCUUUUUGUACACGUGCAAUAUUUCACAUGUGCCUAUAAGUAUCUUAUUAGUAUGACCUUGCAAGGGCGUCAAAUACCAGUGUGUGUGUGCGUGGGAAUGUUUAUAUCUCCUUCACAAACUGACACAUGUUUGUGAAAAAUGUUUUUGAUACAAUCUUAUACUAUCAGUUUCUGUUUGCAUUUAAUAACAACGCUUGUUGACUAUUUACUUAAUCUGGCUAUCUUGUCAAUACACACAUACAUGAGAACCCUAUAAUUUGACACAUAUAUGACUCGGGUGAUAUGAUCGAAUUACCCGAGUAAUAUGAUCGGAAUCGCCCGCUCCAUUUAAUAUAAUGACGUACGUAUAGUGAUUUUCUGAUGGCACCCUCACAUGGUACAGAUCUUCUGAUAGGAACAUGUAUAUAUAUAAAUUAUAUUGUAUCAUUGAUUUUAUCUUUAAAUCUUUAAAGCAUAUAUACUUUAAUAUUAGUUGUCUGUUCAUUUUACUAGUUCACAGGCUGAAUGUGGAACUUGGUCGCUAUCAAGCCAGAUAUCGAUCCUUUUCGCCUCAG